AUGUUAAAAUUGAAAAAGGAAAAACUUAUGGAUAAGUGCUCAAUAUUUGCCAGCGUUAAUUUAUCUAAUGUUCCUAACUUCGAAAAUGUCAUCAAAAUAAACUUUGAAAUUCUGAAAAAUGAAUUAAAAAAUAUGUUGUACACUCAACAUAACAAACUCAUACAAACACUUGACGUGCACACGCAAGAUAUAACUUCUUUGAAAAAUAAAUUAGUGCAAACAAUAGACGUGCAUACACAUGAUAUGUCGGCGCUUAACAACAAAAUAAACUGUUUGUCGUACAAUAAAGACAAAAAUACCUCGAAACUGAACAUAAACUCAGUUCCGUCAGCAGUUAACUCCGAUAUGAACAAGCAAGCUGUUACCUCCAAACCAGCCAUGUUUUGGUCCGACGAAAUUACGACACCGACUGAUGACAACCCUCUGCCAUACAGCGUGGUCGUUCGAAACAAAAAAAGUGCUCGCACAAACAACUCUCCGGUUGCCAACCAAGUCAACCCUAACGAUCAAUCAUCGCUUAAAGGAAAUCCACCAAAUCAACCUAAUAAAAUAAUUGGUCUAAAAAAAUGCGCCACCGACAAACUUUGUGCCGAGAAAAUCAUAGUAAAAAAAUCGGUAUUCGCAAUGAGUAACGUUAAAAAAUGCAGCAGAAGUAAAGUUGUCGAAUAUUUGUCUGAUAUUGGUAUUAAUCUCGUUGCAACUAGUCUUAAAAUUUUGGGCCCUAAGAUCUGGCAAUUAUUUGUACCCCCAGAUAUUAGGGUUAUCACUGAAUUGUACCAUUUUAAAAUUAAACUGAGAUCGCGGUUAAAUUUGCUUGAUCCCGACACCACCAUCUAA